AUGUCAGUUUCAUUUGUCUUUUGUAUCUUUUCACCACCUUGUUUGAAUUUGAUACUGUUUUCAAAUGAAUUAUUGAUUAUACUAUACAAUCAAAGACUUUUUUGUCCAUUUUGGAAUAACGAUGGGCGAACAUCAGAUGAUCGAUUAUUCUUCUCUCUCUUUGUGUUGUUUGUCUUUGUUGCUGAUAAACCAAAAACUGACGAAGUCAUAACUUGUAAAGUACCAGCUGUCGACGCAGCACUUUUGAAUCAAGCAAAUGACUUUAGAUAUGAGUCUUCAAUUUCAGCAAUAAUCAAUGGUGCCAAUUCUAAAAAUACAUUCGGAAAGAAAUUCACUUACUAUCAACCGGUUAUCAAAUCAAUUGAUCCAAAUCCUGCAAUGGAUAAAAUUAAAAUUUAUCUAAUUGAAGGUUACAACUUGGGCGAGAUCAGCUCUAUCACUAUAGGAGGUUCUUGCAAGAAGGAUCUUUUACUUCACCACCCACCAAUUUACGUUUUGUCAGUGAAACCAACAAUAACAGCAGAUAGAAAUGGAAAGAUAUCUGGAAAUGAAUUCAUUACAUUUACAUGCACCAACUUAUUUGAGAUUCCUAACUUAAUAUUGUUGGGGGCAUCGAAAUGCAAUAUUAUUCCAAGCAGUCUUGCCACCACCGCACCUUUUAAUUCUUUCCAAUGUACUUCAUCAGCUACCAACGUGGCAGGUGCAGUUGGAGUUACUUUGAACACAAAAAAUACCCAAUAUAUUUUUGCCAAUGCAUUCACAUAUUAUAAAUUAACAAAUUCAAAAGUUCCAACAGUUACUUCAACAACUCGACCACUUGAAACACCUCAAGGAGGUGAUAUAACAUUGACUGGUACAAAAUUCCUUGAAACAAGAUCUGUUACCAUUGGUGGAACUUCAUGUAAAUUUACAGUGGUCAGUUCAACAUCCAUGAUUGUUACUGCACCUCCAAAAUCACCAGCAUACAGCCCAUAUCCUUUGGUAAUAACAAUUCAAGGAGGUUCAACUUCUACUCCAGUUAAAAUAAAUUAUAAUGGACGAUCAAUUACUUCAAUUUCACCAACCCGAGGUAACAGAAAAAUAGAUACUUUGAUCACAGUUACUACUCCCAUCAAUCAAAACACUCCAAACUCUAUCCGUUUGGUUUUAGUAACUAAUCUAGCUAUUAUUGUCAAAAUUCCAACUUUCGAUGUAGACGGAGUCACGAAUAUCAGAUUUAAUGCACCAGCUACAAUAGUAUCUGGUAUAUACAGAGUGGAACUGAUUCAUACAACAUUUGGCACCACUGUUGAUCAAGUGACAUUCGAAUAUGUUGGUCUUACUUGUAAGGGUACUCGUCCAGUAGGUUCAACUUUUAAUCCGGAUAAACUUUGGUGGUUACAAAUUCGUUUGCGUGCUAAGGAGGUUCCCGACCAUUACCUAUACUAUGAUAACACAAUGACUGAUAUGAUUAGAGGUGUUGGAUUCAAUCUUGAAACAUCUCCAUUGGCUGCUACGUAUUCUCAAAAGAAAGAUUAUUUCUAUAUGACUUGGAACGAUGCUGGUGGAUCCGGAAUUGCACACUUGAAACAUAUAUUGUUUUAUGAUACCACUGAAAAUGGUCAAGUUACUGAAUCGAUCCAUAUUAUGCAUUCACUUCCAAACUUUCCAAAAAAUGAUUUGGAACCUGGAAAAUCUGGUUGGAUUCCAGCUGCAAUUAAAGCUCAACAUUUCUUCUGCUACACAGUAACAGAUAUCGAAACCACCUCAUUAAUGAUUGCGAGAACCAAUCCAAAAUUAAGUUAUCAUAGACAUGCUACCAAUAUAAAAGUUGGAGCUUAUCCAAAUCUUAAAACUCUGAUUACUCAAGACACACUUAAUUAUGGAGAAACUUGUAAAGAUGAUUUACUGGCUAAAACACCAACUCUAGAAAAUUGUAGAUGGAAUGUAAAAUUAAAAAUUCCUGGAAUAAACUCACCUCGCUUUUUUUCUAAAGUUCAACUUCCAACUAUUGAUAAUGAAAAAUUUAGAACAAAAGGUGUUGCUGUACUCGGGAGAUCGAUUAUUCUAAACUCUGAACCACUAUUUAAUGAGGACCAAACCGGUAUUAUCUUUGAAUAUGAUGGAUUGGAUAUAUGGCAAUAUGUCGCUGAGAUUUAUAAUACAAAUCUUUUUGUUCAAACAUAUCGUAGUGGAGAGGAGAGAUUAUUCUCUUAUAAUUCAAAAAUUGCAAAUGUUGAAAAAACAGAAUAUACUGUCGGUCUCUCACACUAUACUGGAACAAGUUAUAUUGGUCAUUAUAACCAAAUACGUAAUUUUGAUCAUUCGAAACUUGCUUACAGUAUGUAUCCAGUUUAUGGAACAGAAGUUAAGGAAACAGAUGCAAAUGAAAAUCUAUUUUGUAUUGGAGAUUUGAAUAGACAUAAAGGACAAGGAAAAAGAGGAGGAACUGUUUUAUGUUUUAAUAAUCCAAAACUCUCGAAACAAUUCAACCAAUUUGUUAAAAGUUAUUCAUCAUAUUCAUAUAAAUAUGUUUUACUACAAAGUAAAACUGGAAGUCUGAAAUCUAAAAUUAAAAUCGGAUUAGAUGUUGAUAAUAGAGUGGCAUAUGAAUCACAAUUAAUUGAAGGAGGUAAAAUCGUUCCAAUUCCAACUUUUUUCCCUCAAGAAAUAGGAAAAAUAUAUGAUGAAUCUAUAAUUUUUAGAACACCAACAAGGAAAACAAUUACAAUUCAAUCUGUAGCAACACUUUCACCAGUAUCAACAGUUCUAUGGACCAAUCAGAUCUAUUUUGAGGUUCGUCAAGAAUUGAUUGGUGAUAAUCAACCACCAUACACACCAAGAAUAAUAAGACAAACUGCACUUUCAACUGGAAAUACAGUAAUUUACAAUGCUCUUCGAACAAGAAUAACUCCAAUAUUCCAACCUGGUGUAGAUAUUGUACCUCCAGUUGGUCUCCCAGCUUUCGGUCCAUUACCUCCCUAUGAAAAAAAUGCUCCCCCUCCAGUACAACCAGCGUUCACAGGUAAACACAAUACUAUUAACAGUGUUGUAGGUUUAGAGGUUCCAAUCGUAGAUAGUACAAAUGAAAAUCCAAUUUGGAGUUACCGUGCAGUAAAUUCAUUGUCAGUUCACUAUUUGGCAUAUGACAAUUUGGCCAAAAUAUGCGAAUCAAAUGCAAUUACACUAGCCAUUGGAUGCAAUGAUAUCAACUAUGCAUUAUUCACUAGGAUUAGUGAUAUUUUACAUAAUGAACAGUUCCCACCCGAAAGAGAUGUUCUGUACCCUCAUGACGAUGAUGAUGGUGUUAAGAACUAUCAACUUCUUCCAACUGUUCCAGAGUUUGAAAUAAUUAUAAGUGGAAUUGAAAGUCCAAUUUCAUUCUUACUGACAGAUCCACUCAAUUGGGCAAAUGGAAUUGCUUUGGCACUUUCAAAAGUUGUUUCCAAUCUUUAUAAUGAUGGAACAAUCGAAUCAAACCCAGUAUUUGGUGGAUGUUUUAAUUUAGUUCCGUCUUCAUUCAAUUUAGAUACCUACACUGAAACAACACCAACAAUGAACUCAUAUCAAUGGACCGCUGUUGCCACUUGGAAAUUAAUGACAGAAGCUACCAAUCGUGUUAAUCAUAUCGAUUUAUUCAAUUAUAUUACAACAUUGGUAAAGUCAAGAGGUAUGACAGGUCUUGGUGAUAUUUUCAAUGGUGAUACUCUAAUUGAUAGAGCAAACAAAGAAUUGUUAAUUGACAAUCACAUAAUCAAACGGGAAUCAAUGAAGAGAAAGAACACACUCUUUAGUUCUUCAAUAAUCUCAUCGAUUUCAAAUGACAACAUUGUUCAAUUGAUUCAAAGUCAAUUCUCAAUCUUUGAAAUUGCUUCAUUGGAUAGCAUUGACUUUAAUUUGUUAUUGAAUUCAAUGAACAAAUGGACGACAAUCAAUGGAGUCAAUCUAUUCAUUUCAACAUUCUUUAAUCGCAGAACUGAAAUGUCAAAUGAAAUUGAAUUCAUUUAUGAUUACUCUCUCUUGUCUGAAAACAACUUUGAAGUUUGUACGAUAUCUCCAACCAGUGAAGAUUUGACAGUUUGUGCACCAGAUUCAAUUAAAUCAAUCACAAAUCAAUUGGAAAGAAUGAUGAUUGCAUCAACCUCAUAUUCAGUUUCAGAUGAUUUUGAAUUCUAUUAUUUCUCAAAACCAACAGGACUUCGAUUCAUCCGAGAAUAUCCAGAUUUCACAGGACUUGUAAUUUCAAAAUUCAAUUAUCAACUGUGUGAUAUAAAAUUGAUAAACUUGGGUCAAUCUGCAACUUUCGAUCCAAAUGAUGCAUCUUUAUCUUCAAUUUGUUCAGAUUCUGGACCAAUAAUCAAUUCUAUUUCCAAAACAAGUGGAAAAGCAAUUGGUGGUGAUACAAUUACAAUCAAUGGAUUUAGAUUCACAUCAAAUAUGAUCAUUAAAAUUGGUGAAAUCGAUUGUCAAACAACAAAUGUUAUUAGUUCCACUCAAAUUAAAUGUAUUACACCUCCCAAUAUUGGAUUCAAUUUAGCAAUUACCAGCAACAUUCCAAUGAACCAACAAUCCCAAUUCACAUUUUCAUAUGAUGAACCAUUGGUUUAUGAAAUUUCACCAAAGAUUAUUAACUCCAAUGGACAACAAAUCUCUAUAUUUGGUGAGAAUUUUGGACCAUCAUCACAACAAUCAAACUCUUUGAUUUCUAUUGGAUCAAUUCCAUGUGUAUUCGGUCCCAAUAGUUUCUGGAGUGAUUCAUUAAUUGUUUGUUCAGUUCCAUCUGGAAGUGGAAUAUUCAAAACAAUUUCAAUUAAAAUCAAUCAAUUCGAAAUAUACUACAAUGUUUCAAAACGAACAUUCAACUAUCUCUGCACCAGAUAUCCAAAAGGAAAUGGAUUCAAUAACAAAUCACAAAUCUAUUUCAAUAAUUCUCAGAGUGAUAUCAUCUCUUUUGCAUCUGAUUAUAUUUAUACACAAGUUCCAUAUGGUGUUGGAAAGAAUAUUCAAAUAUCAAUUGCAAGUGGAAAUCAAAAAUCAAACAAUUUCAAAUUCGAUUAUGAUCAACCAAUUUUAGAAUUCAUCAAUCCAAAGAUUCUUCCUACAACUGGUGGUAUCAUCAGAUUAAAUGGUUAUGGAUUUGGUAAUUCAUAUUUCGGAAACAUAACUUUUGGUUUAAAAAACAUAAGUUGUGUAUUCUUGUCUGAUAUCAUUGAAUGUCCGAUCCCAGCUGGAAUCGGAAAAGACAUUCCUUUUAAUUUCAAUAUUGAAGGUCAACCAUUGGUUUCAUUAAUUCCAUCAAACUUCUCAUAUUCAAAACCAAUCAUUGAAAAGACUGAAUUUAAUUCUGGAAGUAUGACUAUUUUUGGUCAAAAUUUCAUUCCCUCUGGAAUUGAAGUAAAUCCACUCAAGAAUUAUGUCACACUCUUCAAAGAUAAUGUGAUUUCAACUCAAUGUAGUUCAACAAUAUUCAUAAACAAUCAACAGAUCAUCUGUAAUUUCGAUCAAUCAUUUAUAGUCAGAUCAAUAUUUGUUACAAUUGGUGGUCAAACAUCAUCAAUCUAUCAUCCAACAUCACUGAUUAGUCUUUAUCUUUACAUUGACCAACAAAUAAGUGGAAUUAAAACAAAUAUUCCAGUAACAUCUGAAUCUGUUUCAGUUGCAAUUUCUUCAGAUUCAAAAUUGAUCCAAAAUAUCAAAGUUGAUUCAAAAGGAUAUAUUUCAUUCAAUGCAACUCUGGGAACGUUCAGUUUGAUAUAUUCGACAACAUCACAAACAUUAAUUCCGAUUAUCAAUGAUAUCACAAUUCAAGUGACAUCCACCCAACCAACAAACUAUAAUCAUGCUUUCUAUCAAUGGAAUUCAGGAACAACUUUAUCACCAGUUAAAUUCUACUCAUCAACACCAGGAAGUUAUCUAUCACUUCCCGUUGGAAUAUUCAACAAUAUUGCAUCGAUUUUCAAUUCAAUUGGAUCAUUCAUAUCAACAAGCUCUCUGAAUGUAUUACUCUAUAAAUCAGAUGGAACUAUUGUUUCUUCAAAUCAACUAUCGAAUGGAGUUACAAUUGAUAAAAUCGAAGUUUCAUCACUAAGUUUCUUCACACCAUUUCAAAAUAUUAAUUGUGUUGAACAAUCGAUAACAUUCACAAACAACUAUAUGAAUCAAAUUCCACAAUUGAUUCUUUCAAAUUAUGGAACAUUAACUUGUACUGCUGAUAAUCCACAGAUUUCAUCAAUGACAUGUUCCAUUCCAGCAGCCACAGGAACAAUAUCGCUCCAAUGGAAUGGUUUUACAAGUGCCAAUACUUUUAAUUUACAACCAAAAGAAAUUGUAUUUGGAUAUGUUUAUAAUGAUCUCAAUUCAAACAAUAUAUUUGACCAAAAUGAACCUGUCAUUUUAAAUGCACAAAUUACAUUAAGUAAAACUACUGAAGUCUCAAUAACUUCUACCAACUCACAAGGAUAUUAUUCAAUUCCAAACAUUACACCUGGACAACAAUACUUGAUGUCUCUUGACCCAAUUACAGGAUACAUUGCACCUAUGGGUAAGAUUGCUUUCCUUGAAAACAGUUGUCCAUCACCAACUCAAGUUAAUUUUGCAGUGAAACCACUCUCAUCCAAUGGAUGUGUUGGUUACAUUUCAAGUGCUUCAUCAAACAAAUUGACAAUCCAAGCUGGAUUAAAUAGUCUCACAUCAUAUGGUUGGUGUAAAUCACCAUCAAUCUGCACCAAUCAAUUCACGUCAGUCACACUUCCACCAAGAUGUGUCUACACAUAUGACUCAACAAACAAUGAAAUCACAGUUUCUCUUGGUGGACAAUCCAAUAUAAACCUUUACAAUGAUCCUUCUAUUACAGGUGUUCAAAAAAAUUCACCGAUCACCAUCAGUGUAAGUUUGGUCUUCAAACAAAGCAAUGGUGUGAUAAUCAGCACACUUACACCUGACAGCAAAGGAAAUGUUUCAAUAUCUCUUCAAUAUGAUUCAUAUAUAGUUUCAGUGAUCAGUACCAAUACACAAUUGUUCCCAAUUUUAGACAAUAUUCCAUUCCAACUCAACAGUGCAAAUCCAUUCUUCAAUAGCUCCAUUGGAUUUAUCACUUGGAAAUAUAACACAAACUACCCACUUGUCAAAUUCUACCAACAAACAGAUUUCUCAGGAAUUGUACUUUCACUUCCUCUUGGAAUUUAUAACAGCACCACCUUGAAUGCAUUAAAUUGGAAUAUGAAAACACUUUCAUACAAAUCUACAACGGAUAUCAAUGUUUUCAUCUUUAAUGGUGGAAGCUCACCCAUUACUGAAAAUCCUUUAAUUGGAAAUGUUCCAUUGACAACCCCAUCUGGUUCACAGUUCCAAAUUAUUGAUAAUGCAAUGUUUAGAAAACCAAUUUUUUCAGAUUUCAAAAGCACUGGAAAUCCAGUUACAUUUACAAAUUAUUAUUUAACUUUGCCAGUUAUUAGGAUUGGAGGUACUGUAUUCUUAUUUAUAAAAAUUUUAUAA